GGGGGCGGGACCGAGCUGGGCUGGGGCGGGGGGCGAGGCGCUUUGGGGGGCUCGGCUCGGCUCGGCGGGAGCCGCGUGAGGUGAGGUGAGGUGAGGUGAGGAAGGCCCGGCGGCCGCUGCCUGCAGGUGGGUGCCCGCGGCCGCCUCGCGGUGGGCAGGUGGCUGAGGAGCUGGGAAGGGGGUGUGGGAAGAGGAGCAGGAACCUCAGGCUAGGGUAGGCUUAGGCAGGCAGUUGUUCAGGCUGCUGCGUAGAAAGGCGAAUCUUGAUGGCAGCUGUAAGCAGGGGGGAAGGCGUGGAUCCCGCAUGCAGCCUGGCGGAAGGCUGUUCUUUAUUAUUUAGCCGCUUACAGUUUUAGUAACGGGUUGGUCACCGUGUUUCUGUGCUGUCUGGGGGGAUUACUGAUAACUCUGGGGGGGGCUUGCACAAACCUCCAGGUGCUGCCAGCUGCAGGCAGGGUUUUUGCAAGCGCUCAACAGGCUGAGCAGUUCUCAAAUCCCGUUCACGGCUCUGCAGAGUGACCGGGCUGUUGGUUACAUAGGAACCCUGGACAAAUCUAAACGCCAUGAAAAGCCUCAGCCUAGGAUUUAUUUUCUCUCUUAGAGAAGAGGCCUGCUUUCUCAGUAAGACUGACAAAUCAUGGGGAAUCUUGGAAAUAUGCAAAACUUAACUGGGCAGUCUGGUCUAAGCUGGCCCUGCGCUCAGCUCGGAUAGGUGGGGCUGAAUUGAAUAACUUCAAAGGCUUCAUCCAGCCAAAAUUCUUCUGACUGAUGCUUCCUGGUUAAGAGCCUUUCUGUCUUUGCAAAAUUACUAUUGUAAAGCAAAACUGACACCACUAACUGGACUAAACUUCUGCACUCUGACGUUGGUACAAGAACGCCAUGGCAGCCCACAAGGAGAAAAAAUCUGAAGAACGAAACCACAAAAACAUCCAAAAUGAUACUCAAGCUUCUCAAGUCCAGUGGGGAAGAGCAUGGGAGGUAGACUGGUUUUCCUUGGCAAGCAUCCUUUUCCUGCUCAUGUUCGCACCGCUUAUUGUGUAUUAUUUCAUAAUGUCCUGUGACCAGUACAAGUGCUCUCUGACUGAUCCGCUCAUUGACUUGCUCAUGAGGAAUAAACAUCUGUCUGACAUCUGGAACAAGACUCCUACACUGACCUAUACAGCUGCUGGCAUCUAUAUUAUUUGGGUUGCCUUCCAGGUGAUUUUGUAUGUGUUUGUUCCUGACUUCUGCCACAAGUUUCUUCCUGGAUAUGUAGGAGGUAUACAAGAAGGUGCUGUCACUCCUGCUGGUGUAGUAAAUAAGUAUGAAAUCAAUGGACUCCAGGCUUGGAUCAUAACCCAUGUACUUUGGUUUGCAAAUGCCUAUUACUUCCACUGGUUCUCGCCUACCAUCAUUUUUGACAAUUGGAUUCCUCUCCUCUGGUGUGCCAAUAUCCUGGGAUAUGUAGUUUCCACAUUUGCAAUGAUAAAAGGCUACUUUUUCCCUACUAAUGCCAAAGACUGCAAAUUCACUGGCAACUUCUUUUACGACUACAUGAUGGGGAUUGAAUUUAACCCUCGAAUAGGAAAGUGGUUUGAUUUCAAGCUGUUCUUCAAUGGGCGCCCUGGUAUUGUAGCCUGGACUCUGAUUAACCUUUCCUAUGCUGCUAAACAACAGGAGCUGUAUGGUCAAGUAACCAACUCCAUGAUCCUCGUCAAUGUCCUGCAGGGUAUUUACGUUUUGGACUUCUUCUGGAAUGAAGCCUGGUAUUUGAAAACGAUUGAUAUCUGCCAUGAUCAUUUUGGAUGGUACUUGGGCUGGGGAGACUGUGUUUGGUUGCCUUACCUCUACACUCUGCAGGGUUUAUAUUUGGUCUACCACCCUGUGCAGCUGAGCACAGCCAGUGCCAUAGGGGUCUUGAUGUUGGGCUUGGUAGGCUAUUAUAUCUUCAGAAUGACGAACCACCAGAAAGAUCUCUUCCGGCGUACAAACGGCAACUGCAGGAUAUGGGGGAAGAAGCCAGAAUACAUUGAGUGCUCUUACAUGUCUGUGGAUGGGACCAAGUACUACAGCAAGCUGAUGACCUCAGGAUUUUGGGGCUGGGCACGCCAUUUUAACUACACAGGAGAUUUGAUGGGCUCCCUGGCCUACUGCCUGACUUGUGGGUUUGAACACAUCUUGCCUUAUUUCUACAUCAUUUAUAUGACUAUUCUGUUGACUCACCGUUGCAUUAGGGAUGAACACCGUUGUUUCAGCAAAUAUGGGAAGGACUGGAAGCGCUACACUGCUGCAGUGCCUUACCGGCUUAUACCAGCAGUAUUUUAAGGCUAACACAGAAUCCGGGGAAACAAAAAUUUUUGAGACAAAAAGAGUUGAUCCAUACAGUUAAACUAACAAAAAAUAUUUUGGGAAGGACACUUAAUAAUGCUUGGGAAAAGAAAAGGUGUCUGGAGAAUAAUCCUGGAUGUAAUGAAGGAACAUGCUUCUAGUAAGCAGGCAGACUGUUUAAAGUAAAUGAAAUAAGGCACCAAAAUGGCCUUUUUAGAUAUAUUUGUAUUUAAAAAAAAAAAAAAAAAAAAGAAAAAGAAAAGACUGUUUCACCUGGAACUGUUUUUUUUUUCUUUAAAUUAACUUGGACUUGAAGAAAAGUUACAUGCACUGAAUGCAUUCCUGAAAUCUCUCCAAUGCUGGGAGGAAGUCUUACCCUUCAGAGCACCAAGGUUUUUGGAACCAGCUGCCAGUGAAUUAGGAGAGGAGGAAAAUAACUGUGUGUUCAGUUUAUGAAAGAAAUCUUAUGACGUGGUUGCUUGUGACACUCAUAACCUACGAUUAGUAAUUCCCCGAGGCAGGCUUUAUUGCUCAUUGAUUUUGAAGAGUUGAACCUGGGAAAUACUGAGGCUUAUCCUAAGCUAGUGUUUUGGAAGACUGGUGUAAUCUGAUUCACAAAUACUUGUGAAAGCUGGUAUAAAUUGGUAUAGCUACAUUAAUUACAGUAGACUAAUUGCAUUAGUCUACAGCACCAGACAAACAUGGUCCAUGACCAAUUGGGUAUUGUCUUGAUACUGAAACCAAACUUUCUUGAUGAAGAUACUAAUCAUACAUUGACUUCUUUAGUGUGGGUAGAAAACCUUUGCUGUCACUUUUGCCUAAAAUAACAUAUGUAAUAGUUUAAGAAAUAAAUGAGUGGUUUGAAUUAAAAAAAAAAAAAAACACAAAAAAACUAAUUUUCCUUUCAGCUGUUUCUUUCCUUGUUACAUAGUUACCUUUCCAAGUGAUAGGAUUCAAAAGGAGCUCUUCAAAGAAUACAAUCCAAGGAGCAAAUUUAAGACUGCAUAAAGAAAAAAUAUUAAAAGAGGGCUCAGAAUACCAACCGUGCCUCUUGUAAUGAGCUUAGUAGUUACGUUCACAAAUAUACAGUUAGUUUUUACAGUAAGUAGAUAACUAAGUACUGGCUUCUUGUAGAAGUUACUGGAUACACUGAUCUUUGUGGCAGAUUUGAAUGUGAUAUGUUGGUGAGUACGUGUUUUAAUUCUGUUGCAGCAUUCCCUGAAGGGAAGAAUAUCACCUUUUUGCUAGGUGAAAAAGGGUCUCUGCAGACCUAGAGAACAAAUGCGUCACAAAGUUUGUCUUUGUUUCAGGGCUGGAUGUACAAGCAUGAAUAGAGAUGUAGAGAUGCUGCCUUGGAGAAGCGUAACUAGCACCAUUUGGCACCUACUAUCUGUAGGCCUCAUAACUAUUUUAUUAUUUGGGGGUUAACAUGUUUCAGUACUCCAUGACAGUGUAUUUCAUGGAGGUGCGUGUAGCUGUAUCUGACAACCUCUACUCUCAAAUCCCAAAGAAUGCCAAUGGAGUAAAAAAGCUCUGGUUCUGUAAUGGCUGGUUACAGACUUAAUGUCUUUAAAUUGUCAAAUACUGCUUGAAAUCUGCAUAUUUAAGCACAAUGGACUGAUGAUGCAACUGUGUCCUGGUUUCAGGUAGGACAGAGUUAAUUUUCCUCCUAGUAGCUGGCAGGGUGUUAUGUUUUGGAUUAGAAUGAGAAGAGCGCUGAUAACAUGCUGAUGUUUUAAUAGUUGUAGAGCAGUGCUUACACCAAGCCAAGGACUUUUCAGCUUCUCGCUCUGUCCUGCUAGCGAGCAGGCUGGGGGUGCAGCAGGAGCUGGGAGGGGACAGACCCAGGACAGCUGACCCAAACUGGCCAAAGGGGUAUUCCAUACCAUCUGAUGUCAUGCUGAACAAUAUAUAGGGGUGGCUAGCCAGGGUGGAGGGGGGGCCGGCUGCUCGGGGAUAGGCUGGGCAUCGGUCAACGGGUGGUGAGCAAUUGCAUUGUGCAUCACUUAUUUUGUACACAUUAUUAUUAUUAUUAUUAUUAUUAUUGUUAUUAUUUUUCCUGUCUUAAUAAACUGUCUU